AAAUAUGGAAAAAGACACUCUGCGUUCAGAGUAUCUCCACCCGCUUCCAGCGAGACACAAAACGAGCCUUUUCUUCACGAUGUCACCAGGUCCGACCUGAAGAAGUCCAGCACGAUAUGAGGAUUGUGUGCUACAUGUUAAAUUUGAUUUGUAGAGUGGAAGAAAUAAUUCCAGCGAGAUAGCUCCAGCUCCUCGACUUCUUUCUUACUUUUGUCCACUUUGGAAAGCGCGACAGCUAGAGUGGGUGAAGACUUCCAAACACCGACUACAAGAGCAACGUUAACUGAGCAGAAGGAUUGCUGGCCGACAGACUGAUCAUCUCUAAAGGCGAAGUUUGUCACCAUGAGUUCCGAAAAGACCAAAGUGGAGGAUGAAGCAGUCUUAGACAGAGGAGCGUCCUUUGUCAAACAUGUCUGUGAUGAAGAGGAAGUGGAAGGUCACCACACAGUGUACAUUGGUGUGCAUGUUCCCAAGAGCUACCACCGGAGGAGACGCCACAGACGCAAGUCUAGCCACAAGGAGAAGCGGGAGAGAGCUGAACAGAGUACGGAAGGAUACAAGUCAGAUGGGGAGAACGCAGAUGAAUCCACUGCAAACAUCCUCAAACCUCUCAUUUCUCCAGCUGAGAGGAUCAGGUUUAUCCUGGGAGAGGAGGACGAUGGUCCCCCACCUCCUCAGCUCUUCACCGAGCUGGAUGAACUACUGUCAGUGGACGGGCAAGAGAUGGAGUGGAAGGAGACAGCCAGAUGGAUCAAGUUUGAGGAGAAGGUAGAGAAGGGCGGCGAGCGCUGGAGUAAGCCUCAUGUGGCCACGCUGUCCUUACACAGCUUGAUGGAACUCAAAACGUGCAUUGAGAAGGGCACCAUCAUGUUGGACCUGGAGGCCUCCACACUGCCACAGGUUGUCGAGAUGAUCACCGACAGCCAGAUCGAGGCUGGUCAGUUAAAGGCGGACCUGAAGGAGAAGGUCAUGUACACGCUGCUACGGAAGCAUCGCCACCAGACCAAGAAGUCCAACUUGCGCUCUCUUGCUGACAUUGGCAAGAGUGUGUCCAGUGCAAGUAGGCUGUUUUCCAACCAGGAGAAUGGUAGCCCAACUACCGCCCAUCGAAACCUCACCUCCAACAGCCUGAGUGACUUCUCUGACAAACCAGAGAAGGAUCAGCUGAAGAAUAAGUUCAUGAAAAAAUUGCCACGGGAUGCAGAGGCAUCAAACGUUCUGGUAGGAGAGGUCGACUUCCUGGAAACUCCCUUUGUGGCGUUUGUUCGUCUGCAGCAGGCUGUCAUGCUGGGGGCUCUAACCGAGGUCCCUGUGCCCACAAGAUUUCUCUUUGUCCUGCUGGGCCCCAAAGGUAAAGCAAAGUCCUAUCACGAAAUUGGAAGAGCCAUUGCCACCCUGAUGUCAGAUGAGGUAUUCCAUGAUAUUGCCUAUAAAGCGAAGCACAGGCAGGACCUGCUGGCUGGUAUCGAGGAGUUCCUGGAUGAGGUCAUCGUCCUGCCCCCCGGAGAGUGGGACCCUGACAUCAGGAUAGAGCCACCCAAAUCUCUGCCCUCCUCUGACAAGAGGAAGAACAUGUAUGCUGGAUUAGAAGCACCACAGAUGAAUGGCGACACUCCCCAUGAUGCGGGACAUGGAGGGGGAGGAGGACACCAGGUUGGAGAGGAGCUUCAGCGCACUAGAAAGUUUUGUGGAGGUCUUGUUCUGGAUAUCAAGCGGAAGCUGCCAUUUUUUGCCAGUGACUUCUAUGAUGCACUAAAUAUCCAGUCUCUGUCGACCAUCUUGUUCAUCUAUCUGGGCACAGUCACCAAUGCGAUCACAUUUGGAGGUUUACUUGGUGAUGCUACAGAAAACAUGCAGGGAGUGUUGGAAAGUUUCCUGGGUACGGCACUGACAGGAGCAGUGUUCUGUCUGCUGGCUGGUCAGCCCCUGACUAUUCUCAGCAGCACAGGCCCAGUGCUUGUCUUUGAAAGACUCCUCUUCAAUUUCAGCAAAGACAACGGGUUUGACUACCUUGAGUUCCGGCUGUGGAUCGGCCUGUGGUCGGGUAUAUUCUGUCUGGUGCUGGUCGCCACAGACGCCAGCUUCCUGGUGCAGUACUUCACGCGUUUCACAGAGGAAGGCUUCUCUGCGCUCAUCAGCUUCAUCUUCAUCUACGAUGCUUUCAAAAAGAUGAUAAAGCUGGGCCACCACAACCCAAUUAACUCCGACUACGACCCUGACCUCGUCACACACUAUGACUGCCGCUGCAUGCCUGGCAACUCAUCAGAACUCCUCGAUUUCUCUGCCUGGACAAACAGUACUGAUCUGCCAGUGAAUGCCACCUGGGCGUCCUUGACCAGGCAGCAGUGUCUGAAGUACGGAGGGCAGCUGGUCGGAGAGGCCUGUGGCUACGUGCCUGACAUCACCCUGAUGUCCUUCAUCUUGUUCUUUGGGACUUACACCUGCUCCAUGGCACUGAAGACGUUCAAGACGAGCCGCUUCUUCCCCACCACAGUGAGGAAGCUCAUCAGUGACUUUGCGAUCAUCUUGACCAUUCUUCUCUUCUGUGGCGUGGAUGCCUUUGUCGGUGUGAACACUCCAAAGCUCAUAGUGCCAAGUGAAUUCAAGCCCACAAGUCCACUGAGGGGCUGGUUUAUUCCUCCUUUUGGAGGGAACCCUUGGUGGGUGUAUCUGGCAGCAGCACUCCCCGCUCUGCUGGUCACCAUUCUGAUAUUUAUGGACCAGCAGAUCACUGCUGUGAUUGUCAACAGGAAAGAGCACAAACUCAAGAAAGGGGCAGGGUAUCACUUGGAUCUGUUCUGGGUGGCCAUCCUAAUGAUCAUCUGCUCUUUCAUGGGACUGCCAUGGUACGUGGCUGCCACUGUCAUCUCCAUCGCCCACAUUGACUCUCUGAAAAUGGAGACCCAGACAUCGGCCCCCGGGGAGCAGCCCAAAUUCCUGGGUGUCAGGGAGCAAAGAGUCACCGGUAUCUUUGUGUUCCUCCUGACAGGACUCUCUGUCUUCAUGGCCCCUAUCCUCAAGUUCAUUCCCAUGCCUGUGCUCUACGGUGUGUUCCUCUACAUGGGUGUGGCGUCACUCAAUGGUGUCCAGUUCAUGGACCGCCUGCAGCUGCUCCUGAUGCCAGCAAAGCACCAGCCAGACCUGAUCUACCUGCGGCACGUCCCCCAGAGACGCAUCCACCUCUUCACCUUCAUCCAGGGCCUAUGUUUGGCCCUCCUCUGGAUCCUCAAGUCUACUGUGGCUGCCAUCAUUUUCCCUGUCAUGAUCUUGGCAUUGGUCGCCGUCCGUAAGGGGAUGGACUACGUGUUCUCCCAACAUGACCUCAGCUACCUGGAUGAUGUCAUCCCAGAGAAAGACAAAAAGAAGAAAGAGGAUGAGAAGAAAAAGAAAAACAAGAAGAAGGGAAGCAUCGACAGCGAAAUUGAAUUUGACAUCAAUCCCAGACUUUCCUUAACCCGCAUUCGCCGUGCUGAGCACUACUUUGCAUCUCCCACAGUGGCCGAUCUUGACAAAGGUUCAUACACACAAGGUUUGCCUCACAUUCGAAUAAAGAGGGACUCUGAAGAAAACGGUUUCUUCUGGAAGAAGGACUCUGAAACAGAUCUGUGAAUGAAUGAAAUUAAAAGAUAGAGCAGAAACAGCACAACAUAGCAAACAUAACCAUCCUCUUUUGUACUAUAGUACAGCUUCGUAAUGGUAUUUUUAAUAUUCCUCGUGUGAGGAUUUAAAUCAGAAUGGCUGGAAGUAUUUGUCUUAAAUUUGAAACACUUGGUACUGAAUUUUAAUGAGGGCUGACACGGGAUACGUUUGAGCGUUCUUCAUCUGCAUGCGUUCUUGCAGAAAGCAAAAGGGCUGCUCAAGGUCGUCUGUAUGCAGUUUUAAUGGGACAUUAAUAUCUUAUAAAUUUGUACGCUAAUAAUUUAUAAUAAGCAUCCAGUUAGAGAUGUUUUAUCUUAAAAGAUGUUCAGGAUACUGUAGGUGUGUAGAAUACAGAUGGCUUCAUAGAAUCCACACCAGUUUUUAUUUCAAUCUGUACAUAUCAGGAGUUCCCCAGUGUUUAGUUUUUUUAUAGAUUAUUUCCAAAUAAUACCAAACAUCACCAGCCCCUCUUCUGAUAGUACUGUUUUUAUAUAGAAGUUAUUUUUUUUAAUGUUCCUUUUUAGAGUUUAAGUUAUAACUACUGGAAUCUUAAGAUUAAAACAUAGUGGAGGUACUGCAUUUGGAAGCAAGCACAGGGGGAUACACAUGAGAAAUCCUCCUUUACUUGUAGUGAACAAAAGGUCAUCUGUGCACAGUCAUGAGCGGAUAUUAAUAUUGUAUUUAUGGGCAUAUUCAUUAUUUAUCAAGCAUCCACCUAAGGCUGCAUUUUCAUAAAACACAUUCAGAAGAUAAUGUAAGAAUGCCAUGUUUGUUUUGGUAUGGUAAGAAGUAAAUGGUUCAACAGCAUACAGACUGGAACUUCUACUUUUGUUUCCUAAUCUUUUUCUGUAUUUAUUAUAUUUAAAAUCUCGGCAAAAUAAUUGGCUGUUUGAAUCUUAAGUAUGGCUCUACCAUUUAACUUCCCCAUUUGUGCUAAUUUGAAGAUAUUCUUUCUGUGGUCUGUAUCUUUCCCCUGUUUUAGGGAGAUAAAGAUGUAUUAUACCUGUAUGUAGCUCUACCUCUUAUUUUUCUGUAGGUGCCAGGUAUUAUAUAUUAAAAACAUCUGUUGUGCAAUUAUUUGUGAUCAAACACUUUUGUGAUUUAUUUUUUUUUAACUGGCACUUCAUAGGAGCUCCGAAUCUUCACUUUGAGUUCCUUUUUGCUCUGUGAUACUUAAAAUAUUGUAUUUUUGCUUUUCUCAUUUGUCAAUAUGAAAUAAUUAUGUACGAUUUUUGCAGUGUUUUUAAAUGGUAAUUUCACCAAAAUUACAAUUAGGUUUUUCGUCCCAAAAACAAAAACAUUUUAAAAUUAUUAUUUUAACUAUGUCUACAGAUACAGGGAAAAUAAUACCUAAAAUUGCAUUAUCUGAUAAAAAAAAACAUCAAUAAAGCAUCAUUUUUGUGGUGUUUCACAUACUGAAGUUGGGGGGAAAAGUGAUGGCCUGUUCUUUUUAACCCAUCUGAAUGAAUGCAGUUUAAAGUUCUCACACGCUUGACCGUGAACUCAACCCUAAAAGCCUAUUUUAGUUAAAUUCUCCUUUUUAAAAUGUGAUCAUAUUUAAAAGCUGUUAAUGUGAUAAAUGUUCGAUCUUUGAGUAAAUUUGUUUUUUUAAUUAUGUAAUGUGUGUUUUUUUUUAUGUAAAUCAACAAACAAUCACUGUGAGGCAAUGCAAUGUUGUGACUUCUUAGUCCUGGAGGAACUACUGCUUUAUAGUGUACAGGGUAAAAAGUGUUUGUGCAACAGCUUCACUUCAAUCACUUCACUGCAUCAUUAUCUAAAUUCCAUUUAGUGACAGUUUGAUGAGCAAUGUCUUAAAUUUUCCUGUAUUAUUCAAAUGACUUGAUCAUGCUUCUAUUGCUGAUUGAAGUAUACACUGUAACUUCAACUGAUUCAGUUGAUUUAGGAUAUUAAUGCAUAUCUGAAUGUAAUACAUCUCAAUCAUUUGAAAUGUGCAUAUAUUCCUUGAAGAAAAGGAUAUUCACAAUCAGUUCUGUUCUUGAUUUGUAGUGCAAAUAAGGGCUUUAAUUAAUGCUUUCAUAAUCACAUCGAUAUGCUGUCAAGAUGUGAAACACAAGACUGUUAAAGUUGCUUUGAACCAAAAAAACCACAUUGUCUUCCACUUUGUUCUGUGAUCUGUAUAUCUUGACUUUCUGGUUCUGAGUCCACCAUUAAUGUAAUAUUUUUGAUGUUUUAACUCUGAAACCAAUUUUAUACAAGCAUCUUAUGUACUCAAUAACCAUAGGUUACGCAGAAGGAAGCAGAUGUCUUUUUUUUUUUUUUUAUGGAGUAGUGUUUUGAAUAAGAGGAAUAAAACAGUCCAAAUGAUUCUUAAAUA